UAACAUUUUCCGAUCUCUUAUUAUUGUUAGAGUUGAAGCUUCCUCUCCGGCGACCGACCGGAAAUCAAGAUAGCAGAGUAGAGGAUAAGCAAAAUGAAUAAGGCAAGAAACCUUUUGUCAGUGGACGACCGAGAUUCGGAGCUAGUCUCUCGGCUCACCAUUCCCACUCAUCGAAUCCACAUCGAUCGCAGCUUCUACGAGGAUAUGACGCUUAGGGGUAUCCGAGUCGACCGAGUUCAGCCCGGCUUUGUAUCCUGCUCCUUCAAAGUCCCUUCUUACCUUUCUGAUAGUAAUGGUAAAUUGGCCGCCGGGGCAAUUGCAAAUCUAGUCGAUGAAUUGGGAGGUGCCGUCAUCAUGUCCGAAUGGGAGAAUGAAAUGAAUAAUGUCUCAGUGGAUAUGUCAAUUUCGUACGUUUCAGCUGCUGAUGUUGAUGAAGAACUGGAGAUUACAGCUAGACUUUUAGGUAAAAAGGGAGGUUUUUUUGGGACAAAUGUCGUCUUAAAGAACAAAAUCACUGGGGAUAUCAUUGCGGAAGGUCGUCACUCUCUUUUUAACAAACAUGCUAGCAAAAUGUAGCCGAUUCAUUACACCUACAUUGUGCCAAACUUGUUUGUGAAAGACAUAACAAAAGCUAAUAGAAAUAUAGCUUGAUCAAGUGUUCCAGAAUGUGUGAAUGUGUCUAUAUUAAUCAUGUUUGUUUGAACAAAAUAUUAUUAAUUAAUAUAAGUUAUAUUUCUUAUCA